UGCUUCUUUCUGUGGACGUGUGUGAUGUCGGAGACUUCUACAAUAAUAGAGGGGAAAAUGGAGACUUUAGGAGACCGUCUGAAAGUGAUGGUUAAAGUCUUCAGGAGAGAGUGCCACAGAGUUUUACAGUCUGAGAGGACCACCAUUCAUGGAGCUGAUGGCAUGCUGAUGUUGCUGCAGCUCGCCAUGGCUGAUGUGAAUAAGCAGCACGGCGGAGAGUUCAAAGUGGCUCUGAGUGAUGUCCUGAUGGCCUGGAAACACUUACUGUUAGACAAACUUCACCUGCCACCCCCCGACUUUGCACGCUUGGAGAACUAUGAUCUCAUCCUGGAGGCAUACGAAUCCUUCCUGAAGCGCUCCAACACGCUGGACCUGGUUGAUAUCCUCUGCAUGUACAAACAGCUGAGAGUGGUGGACUCGGACCCUGAGGAGCCCGUGAGCCCGAUGGAGCUGUUUGAGUUCUUAUCAGGGAACACGGAGGUCUCAGAGUUACCAGACUCCUCCGUCCCGUCAACGCCGUCCAGUACAAUCAGGCCCUGCAGCUCACAGGUGAAAACAUCACUGAGACGGGUUUUCUGCUCCUAUCUAAAUUUGCUUGUGAACGCCCAGAACGACUUGGCCUUGGCGCUAACCCUCGAUGUCCCGAGUCGCACUCUUGGACGUCAGGCAUUUACCGACAUUAAGCACGCUGCGCAGAAAAACAACACUUCCCUCUUCUUGGCUGUGACAUCUUUUGUGAGGGCCAUCCAGCUCGGAGGGAAGGGCUACGCUCCAGCUGAGUCUGACCCACUGAGGAAACAUGUCAAAGGCCUGUCGGACUUUGUCCAGUUUCUAGACAACCUGGAAGAAAUACUCGGGGAGAUUCUGGACCCAAGUGUAUCUGGAGCCAGACUGGUGACCGCUAUCAGGGCAGCGCUGGUGAAGGGACGCAGCAGCGGAGAUGCAGUGCACGUUGCAGCCGAGGAGACGACGAUGGAGCUGAGGGAGAAGAUCUGCCAGCUACAUCAGAUCCAGAAACAGAUUGCUAAUGGAAGUGGGACAGGGAUAAGCCCUGCCAGGCCAAAGGCUUUUGCAGUCAAUCACUGCACCGCGUACGGAGGUCGGGACACUGUGAAGGUGCUGAUGGCUCUGCUGGAUGAGGAGGCGCUGAGUCCUCCAUGUCAGAACAAGGCAGACCUGCUGUCUGAGGACCAGCCCGUCCUCAGUGGAGCAGAGGCGACUUGCAUCCUCAACUUGUUCAGAUCCCCUGAAGUGUCUACUGGAUGUUCUCCAGAACCUCUAAAGAACCGAGUCCAGAGCCGGCUAGACCUGCUCAAACCCAAGCCCAGAGACAGAGUUAUUCGAUCCCAGUUUGCUUGCACAUACAAAGAUGACGAACUGCCACUCAACCGUGUGCUGGAGUUCCCCAGCACCAGCCAGGUCCCAACCUGUGUGCACCCAGCACCCAAACUCCAAACCAGCCCCGCUGAGGAUGAGGAGAGCAGCUUCGAUGUGGAAGAGACGACCAAAGCCAAGUCGACAUCUGAAUGCCCGAAUAAGGAGCAGAGUGGCGUACAGCGGGGGGCUGCUCUCGCGCCAAGAAGUGGAAAUGCCCAAAACAGAGAUGCGAGAGCGGGCAAUAGGAAAAAAAGUGCUGGCACUGAGGCGCAGAAAAAGGGCAACAAGAGGAAGCAGGUGGAUUCUGAACAGCAUGGAGGGUCUGAGAACGAGCCGCCAGAGAAGAAGCAGGUCACUGGAGUCAAAAUGCCUGGCAGGACUGCCAGCAAGGCCUCGAGUAAGAAGAAGCUGAUCGCCGGACAGGGAAAGCUCACCAGCUUCUUCAGAGUCUAAUGGUUGUUUGUACUGGUUUCAUGAUGGGAGUGUGGACUUUUUCUAAGUUCAUA